AAGGGCUCCCGAAGUGAGUGCUUUUGCGCUUAAUUGCUAAUUGUAAUCAUGUCUGGACGUGGCAAGCAGGGCGGCAAGGCGCGCGCCAAGGCCAAGACCCGCUCGUCUCGGGCCGGCCUGCAGUUCCCCGUGGGCCGAGUGCACCGGCUGCUCCGCAAGGGCAACUACUCGGAGCGGGUGGGCGCCGGCGCCCCGGUGUACCUGGCGGCCGUGCUCGAGUACCUGACGGCCGAGAUCCUGGAGCUGGCGGGCAACGCGGCCCGCGACAACAAGAAGACGCGCAUCAUCCCGCGCCACCUGCAGCUGGCCAUCCGCAACGACGAGGAGCUCAACAAGCUGCUGGGCAAAGUGACCAUCGCGCAGGGCGGCGUCCUGCCCAACAUCCAGGCCGUGCUGCUGCCCAAGAAGACCGAGAGCCACCACAAGGCCAAGGGCAAGUAGAUGGCUUCCCUAUAGCGCGCAGCGUUUUUGCUUCCUGACCAAACCAAAGGCUCUUUUAAGAGCCACCCAUUUUGUCACCGAAAGGCUGUAUAUUCUGAUAUUAGAGGUUGCGAUGGUGCUAAUUCUUAAGGCACUUCGAAGGGAAAGUAGAAGUCGUUUAAGACCAUCUGCUGAAUACAAAAAGGCUUGAUACAAAGGCGGCUCAUAAAUCCGAAUGAUUUCCCUUACCCGCUUCAAGUCACAGCCACUUAAAGCCUCUAGGGAAGUAACUUCAGUUCCCACUCGAGGCGGCUGUUGCUCCUAAUGAUGUAAAUGUAAAGGACCAAGAAGCCUCAUAGGUUAAAGCUUAGAAUGUGUAAGGCUGGAGCAACAGCGUUUGUUCCGCGGUGGGCCCUUGUUUCAUGUGCGCUCCAUCUAGCCAUCCACACCCCAAAUCCCCAGGCCCCAGGACCUCCACUGCCAAGCCUAUCGCAGCCAGGAGUAAGACGAGUAUAGCCAAGAGUGGCCCAAAUGACUGGCACCAAAGAAACAUGUCAAUGCUGAUACUGAUGCAUUACACUUUUAAUUACAUAUGUUCACCCCCACUCCCACCAGGAAGAGGCAUCCUAUUUAAGUCAUUACAUAAGUGGUAUGGGUUGUGUACAUAAAAUCAAUUUGUGCACAACUAACUCAUGCGAAUUUGUUUAUAACAUAGAUGUAUUCAUAAAUAUCGUUUAUGCUGUAGAGUUUAUGUUCAUGAGAUAAAAUUGGCAGAUUUAUUUUCGGUUACUGUUGGACCACACCUGAUGAUGCUCAGGGGUGACUCCUGGCUGGGGACCGAACCCAGUUUGACUGCGUGAAAGUUUAGCACCUUUCCUGUUGCACUAUCACUCCAGCCCCAAUGUGAAAGAUUUACAGAAGCAUUAUUUGAACUUUCUGGAGUUUGUCUCAUUGAUUUUUUUUCUCUCCACAAAAUCUGGGCAAUUGGGAAAUUCCAUUUUACCCAGUCCUUCGAAUGAAAACUUGCAUAUUCAGAUUUCCACUUGCCCUCACUAAUAAGCCUAUAAAAAUAUAAACACA